UAGUGCGACGCCGCCUCCUUUGGUUCCCUUCUCUCCUGUUUCAUCUCGAGCUCUGAAGACUAGCAAAGAACCAAAAGGCUUAUAUCUUUGAGCGUUAAUGAACCCAGGAGAAGUAAAAAAAAUAUUCCUGACCACAAUAAAGAUGGCGGAAUCCACUUAGCGCUCGUGCCAGACGGCGGUUACGUAGACGGCGUGCUGCAAACCAGCUCCGGGCGGUUCUGGGUAGGUUGUCGUUCCGCUAGCUGCAGAACGCAGACUUCGGCUGACCGUGACUGAGGUGGGAGCUGCGCUCCUUCCUGAGAGCAUCGGGUUCUCCGGCCUGCCUUCACUCGUUUCGGUGUCUAGAGCGAGACUGACUUUCAGUUUGCUUUGCCCAUGUGUGUACCAGAAUCAGUGCUGUUUGAGCCUGACAGGAUUGACUUUACAAAUGAGACAUUUAUGUCACAUCUGCCAAGAAGUGUGAUUUAAAUUAAACUUUAACUUUUACAAGUUUUCAGAUACUUUGAGUUAUCAGCUGUCUGCGGUUAUUUGUAACUGGAGGGGUACACAGCCCCAAAGGGGAGGGAUAAGAACUGCAGAUCUUAGAUGCUCUAAGAACCCACUACUAUAUAAUCAUUCCUAUGAAAAUCAUUCAUGUGCUGGCAGCCGCAAAGGGAGCAUAAACCAGGGACUUUGAUAUCAUGCAGCAGAAGAGCAAAUUAUUUCUUCAGCCUUUGAAGUAUAGUAUUCCUCACCUUGGGAAAUGCAUGCAGAAACAGCAUGUGAAUCACUGUAACUUCGCUGAUCAUUAUUACAAUAGAAUAAAAUUGAAAAAAUAUCACCUAACCAAGUGUCUGCAGAAUAAACCCAGGAUAUCAGAGUUAGCAAGAAACAUCCCAAGUCGGAACUUCUCAUGUAAGGAAUUUUUGCCUAUUAAACAAGAAAACAAAAAAUCCCUCUCAGAAAACAUGGAUGCAUUUGAAAAAGUGAGAACAAAAUUAGAAACACAGCCACAAGAAGAAUACGAAAUCAUCAAUGCAGAGAUUAAACAUGGUGGUUUUGUUUAUUAUCAAGAGGGCUGCUGUUUGGUUCGUUCCAAAGAUGAAGAAGCAGACAAUGAUAAUUAUGAAGUUUUGUUCAAUUUGGAGGAACUUAAAUUAGAGCAACCCUUCAUUGAUUGUAUCAGAGUUGCUCCUGAUGAAAAAUAUGUAGCUGCCAAGAUAAGAACUGAAGAUUCUGAAGCAUCUACCUGUGUAGUUGUGAAGCUCAGUGAUCAACCUGUAAUGGAAGCUUCUUUCCCAAAUGUGUCCAGUUUUGAAUGGGUAAAGGAUGAAGAAGAUGAAGAUGUUUUAUUCUACACCUUCCAGAGGAACCUUCGCUGUCAUGAUGUAUAUCGAGCCACUUUUGGUGAUAACAGGCGUAAUGAACGUUUUUACACAGAAAAAGACCCAAGCUUUUUUGUUUUCCUUUAUCUUACAAAAGACAGUCGUUUUCUCACCAUGAAUAUUAUGAACAAGACCACUUCAGAGGUGUGGUUGAUAGAUGGCAUGAGCCCUUGGGACCCACCAGUACUUAUCCAGAAGCGAAUACACGGGGUCCUUUACUACGUAGAACACAGAGAUGAUGAAUUAUACAUUCUCACUAAUGUUGGCGAGCCUACAGAAUUCAAGCUAAUGAGAACAGCUGCUGAUACCCCUGCUAUUAUGAAUUGGGAUUUAUUUUUCACAAUGAAGAGAAAUACCAAAGUUGUAGACCUGGACAUGUUUAAGGAUCACUGUGUUCUGUUCCUGAAGCAUAGCAAUCUACUUUAUGUUAAUGUGAUUGGUCUGGCUGACGAUUCAGUUCGGUCUCUAAAGCUCCCACCUUGGGCCUGUGGAUUCAUAAUGGAUACAAAUUCAGACCCAAAGAACUGCCCCUUUCAGCUUUGCUCUCCUAUACGCCCCCCUAAGUAUUACACGUAUAAGUUUUCAGAAGGUAAACUGUUUGAGGAAACUGGACAUGAAGACCCAAUCACAAAGACUAGUCGUGUUUUACGUAUAGAAGCCAAAAGCGAGGAUGGAAAAUUAGUGCCAAUGACUAUUUUCCAUAAAACGGAUUCUGAAGACUUGCAGAAGAAACCUCUCCUGGUACAUGUAUAUGGAGCUUAUGGAAUGGAUUUGAAAAUGAAUUUCAGGCCUGAAAGGCGGGUGUUGGUGGACGAUGGAUGGAUAUUAGCAUAUUGUCACGUUCGGGGAGGUGGUGAGUUAGGCCUCCAGUGGCAUGCUGAUGGCCGUCUAACUAAAAAACUCAAUGGCCUUGCUGACUUAGAGGCUUGCAUUAAGACACUUCAUGGCCAAGGCUUUUCUCAGCCAAGUCUAACAACCCUGACUGCUUUCAGUGCUGGAGGGGUGCUUGUGGGAGCAUUGUGUAAUUCUAAUCCAGAGCUGCUGAGAGCUGUGACUUUGGAGGCACCUUUCUUGGAUGUUCUCAACACCAUGAUGGACACUACACUUCCUCUGACAUUAGAAGAAUUAGAAGAGUGGGGGAAUCCUUCAUCUGAUGAAAAACACAAGAACUACAUAAAAUGUUACUGUCCCUAUCAAAACAUUAAACCUAAGCAUUAUCCUUCAAUUCACAUCACAGCUUAUGAAAACGACGAACGUGUGCCUCUGAAAGGAAUUGUAAACUAUACUGAGAAACUCAAGGAAGCCAUCGUGGAGCAUGCUAAGGACACCGGGGAAGGUUAUCAAGCCCCCAAUAUUAUUUUAGAUAUUCAGCCUGGAGGCAAUCAUGUGAUUGAGGAUUCUCACAAAAAGAUUACAGCCCAAAUUAAAUUCCUGUAUGAGGAACUUGGACUUGACAGCACCAGUGUUUUCGAGAAUCUUAAGAAAUAUCUAAAAUUCUGAAAUGCUGCAUUCAGUGGAAAUUGGAAACACACUGAAAUAUUUCAUAGUCAUAUUUCCAGUUACAUUAACAAAAGUGAGUUUUUUAAGUUAGUAAAUAAUUUUUAAAAUUUGCUUCUCUGUCCAGAUUUUGUUUUGUAUACAGCUCACUUGCUUAUACCGUUGUCUCCAUUGAUGCACACGCCCCUUAACCUAGGAAAGUAGUUUUCAAACCAUGCUCUGUAGAAGGACAUAGAGAAGGGCGUGAGGGAAGGAUUGGUGACAGCAGAACUUUCCCCUUUCCCGCAUCAGAACAGGUUUGUUUUACUCUGAUUUUCUUUGAACAGUUUACAAAUCAAGGUCCUGCUUCUUUGCUAGUGAACAUUUUUAGAUACUCUAGCAGUUAAGUCAUCCUCCAGUUUCUGUACCUGCAUUUUAUGUAAGAAGAUGAUAUUCCUCACAUUAAAAUUCAUUAGAUCUCUCUAAAAUUCUGGAGUCCUAAGGUGCUCUGAUCAUCUCUUAUUGAUGCUAACUCAAAAAAAUUACAAGUUCCUGCAAGGGAUAAUUUCUUUUAAACACUUUAUUAUUCUUGAAAAACAUUUGAGAACCUAUCCUAAAGCAGUUUCACUCAAGCUACAGAAAUAUCUAAGAAUUACCGAU